AUCUUUCAUCAAGUUUUCACAACAACAUUAUCCAUCAACAAGUACUUUCUUCAAAAAAAGGAAAAAAAAAUCCACAUUCUCAGAAAACUAUGGCUAUUCGUUUGCCUUCUUCGGUGAUCCAUGCUAAACGUGUCCUUGGCCGCUCUCUUUCAGGUGGCAAAAAGGUGUCUGGAAAUGUGCAAAAAGGGUAUCUUGCAGUCUAUGUUGGAGAAGAGAUGCAAAAGAAGAGAUAUAUGGUUCCUAUAUCAUACUUGCAUGAACCUGCUUUUCAACAAUUGCUAAGUGAAGCAGAGGAAGAAUUCGGAUUUAAUCACUCAAUGGGAGGUCUAACAAUUCCUUGCAGUGAAGACAUCUUUUGCAGUGUGACUUCUCAGUUAAAAAGUUAGAAAGCAAGCAGGUUCAUCAUUCAUUUCACAUGCUUUUCUUUCCACUGAUAUGCCAAAAGCAUGCAACACCAAAAAUGCAAAAGCGACUUGAAUCGAGUGGUAGUUAGUAGCAGAUCACAACAGCUUGAGAGCAAAUUGACCAGGUUAUGAUCUUUGCAGCCAUUUCAAAUGGACUAGAACCAAAGAUUUCAAUCCAUUCUGCUGUUGAAUCUUGCUGAAAUGGAGACCAAGCAUUUUGGAUAUCACUUCAUGCUUUAUCCAAUUGAUGAUCACACAAAAUCCCAUAAUGGAUAGAGUUGAUUGUGAGAAUUUGAGUUGAUGAUCAAAAAGCUGAAAAUGCACCAUCAGCUCUAUGUAAUUUUGUAUAG